AUGGUCACGCUACCGUCUCCCCAUCCCGCACACCUCUUGAUCCCUUUCAUCGCGACUCGACAUACAGCUCGCCUCGAUUCUCGCCUUUCGACUGGUCGCAAAGCGCCAUUUUACACAAUACCUUCUUUGAUUAGACAGAAGCCUGGUCGCUUCGCCUGGAGAACAAUCUCCAGUUACAACUGGGACGGAUUUUACGAUCGGGUCGAUUGCUUGUGUUUUAUGUUGGAUAGACGACGCGGUCACGAUUUUCUGCGAUUUCUACUUGUCUGGGACGAUCGGCGAUACCCAAAUUAUUAUACUGGUUCCGGGCUUGACCUGAAUUUGUACUUUUUCCACAAGGAAGCUCCUGAGGCUGGCGUUUUCCAGGCCCAUGGGUGGCUGCCCGUCUCGCCACCCACAGCUGCUUCCCCCAAAACUUACUCAGCAUACACGAGCUACACCUGGGCUUUGAAUAUCUUGGACUUUCGUUGUCUUCUGAAGAGGCCAAGCGUUCGUUACACGGAUCGAGUCAUUCACGAUCUAAUAUCCUCUGACGUCAGUUGUCUCUUGUACUUUGUGUCUUGCUAUACGCCGUCUUCCAGUUUUUAUCAAAGCAUCAUGGCUGCGCCACCCGGCAAAUCCACUGCGCAGGCGGCCAAGCCUGUCACUUCGUCGACUCCGACCAGUAACGUGUCCGCCAGGCUAGAGAAAACCCACCCUGGCGUUCGCCGAUCCACCCCUGAUUCCGAGGCUUUGGCGUCCUCUGAUGACGAUGGAGACCAUUCACAGCAUGUCGCCACAUCUACGAGCAUGCCAGCGCCCAAACCUGCUCGCCGUACGUCAUGGCUAAAUGAAAUUCCAGCUACCGCGACCAGAAAGGCAUCAUUGACCACUAGUGGUCCCUUGUCCACUGGAGCCUCUAACCCAAGCAGUCCUGCUACCGACCAAUCUGGAUGGCCGAACACGAGUCCUGGUAUCGGUAGCUCCAUGCCCUGGAACCAUGUAGGGAACCCUUCCUUUCCCUGGGGCACUGGUAUCUGGAAUACCGAGUCUCGGAAGGAGCCUCCGCCGCGGCUUGCGGAAAUCGUCCCAUCUCCGACCAUGUCCAACCCCUCUACUGCGGGCAAUUAUUUCACGGAGGAAAUACUGAGCCCUACGACUCGUACGACCGCUGGCGAAUCAGCUAUCCCAUUCUCAAUUCCCCUGCAUCCGACUCCUAAAACCUAUCGGUCGCAGUCAUACUCGGUAGGUCAGUUGGAUCCUGAGUUCCUGAGCUUCAUGGCGAACAAGUCGUCAACACCUUACUCUGGCGGUCGUCCUCGUAACGGCAGCCAAUUCUCCGCCUUACAGCAUCGGUCAUCGCGGCCUAGUCUUCUGGGGGAGCUGGGUCACGACCCUGCUACGCUCGGACGUGUGCGCGAGGAUGAUGACGAUGACGCUGGCAGCCCAGAUGGUUCGGACGGUAGCUUUAGCAACUAUGCAGCCAACCAAGCCCGGACCAUCGAACAGCUGUCAAGGGAAAAUGCUCUUCUACGCCAAGCAGCAGGACAGAUGGACAACCCAAUGAGAGAUCGUACCAUGUCGUCUGCAUCCGCAGCUAGCGGAUAUGCCAUCGGAAGUGGCAUCCAUAAUUUGCACCGUAUUCGCGGCAGUGUUCCCGAGGAGACCGACCUGGCGGUAGAAGAUCUUGACGAGGUUGGCGAUAUCCCUGGUUACAAUAACAUUCAUAGUAGCGGUCGGAGAAGACUCUCCGAGCAUUCAGCAAACCUCGAGAAGCAGCUCCCCCCUUACACGUCGUUCCAAAACCGUACUCUGGAAAACGUCCGCAAGGCUCAUUGGCAAACUUCUCUUGACUUUGGUAGCAUUGCGGAUAUCCCUCAGAGUCGACGUCACUCCUUUGCGGACAUUCCUAUGCGACACGCUUCUGUCUCAGGGGAGACCCAGGCAGCCCCCAGUACUAGGGCUGGAAUGGGUGAUAGAGAAGAGGACUAUGCGAGCAUUGUUGACGGCCCUCUUUCGAAUGUUCAAGGCCAGAAUCAAGCCUAUUUUGCUCGCGACCCAGUUCUCCGCGCCGCCGACGGCCCCGCUUCGAUGGCCACGUCCCUCCACCAGGCAUACACGAUGCCGAACGCCUACGGCCGCCACCAGCCUGGCCUCGCCCAUUCGCACCAAAACCAGCUCCUGUAUAUCGUUACAUUCAAAUGCCAUCGGGCGGAUGUCUUCUAUAUCCAGGAAGAUACUGGUCUCCAGGUGAAACCCGGUGACCUCGUUAUCGUCGAAGCCGACCGCGGUACAGAUCUUGGCACUAUUCAGCACGCUAACGUGUCUAUGCAAAGAGCCCGGGAGCUAAAACAGCAGUAUGCCGAGGAACACUACAAGUGCUUGAUGAUGUUCUCUAGACAGGGCCAGAAUGGGGCCGCGAAUGUGGUCAAUGCUUCUAGUGGUGUACCCGGCUUGAAUAACAGAAGCGCCAUUGGUGGCAUGGGUCCACAUGGUCCGCAUGGGAUGCAGGACUCUGCUGCCGACAUCAAGCCUAAACUAAUCAAGAGGCUUGCCCAGAAUCAUGAAAUCUUAACUCUACGUGAGAAGGAAGGAAAUGAAGCGAAGGCAAAGCGGGUCUGCCAGCAGAAGGUUACCGAGCAUCGGCUGAAUAUGGAAAUCCUUGAUGCCGAAUUCCAAAUGGACUGGAAGAAGCUCACCUUCUAUUACUUUGCGGACUCCUACAUCAAUUUCAAUUCGCUUGUUACCGAUCUUUUCAAAAUCUAUAAGACCCGCAUCUGGAUGUCGGCUAUCAAUCCAGCGUCAUUUGUGACGCCCCCCAGUGCUGGCUUGUCGGCUCCAAACCCUCUAGCUUACAAUCACGAUGCGCAAGCGGAUCGCCCCCUUGACGGCCGAAUCUACGGUCAUCCUCCCGUGACGCCAUGGGUACAGGACGAGACAUCGGCGCCAACCAGAUGGGGAUAUUGCGCAAUGCUUAUGCCGACUCCUAUCCGCCGUUCAGCCCAACCUCUCGCCAAACAGAGCUAG